UUUGUUUUGAUAUGGCGGCAGGCUUCGAAACUUUUCUCUGCGAUGUUUUCAUAGCGUAUGCUUUUUGUUCCAGUCGCACCGCUCUUCACCUAUGUCACAGCGAGACCUGCAGGAGACAGCGCGGUCAUCAUGUCAUCUCCAGCCGGGCUCCAGCACUCGCAGGCAGACUUCCUGGCCAGGUGGAUGCCAAGUAGCACUAGAGCCGGGGUGAUCCUUAACCCCCGCCCGGACUUGUCUGGCUCCAUGCGCCACAUCUCUGCCGUGGGAUCUCCUCCUCCUCCUCCUCUUGAGCCGGACGAUUCGUUUGCCUCCGACUUCGCUCCUCUGCCAGCCUCGGCAGACAGCAGCUGUGUCGGUGUGGAUGGAUCUGCACGGUCAGCUGGUGGACAGAGAACUGGGGCUGACGGGCCAGUGAACGGUCUGUCGCCUGGGCCUCAGAGGAACACAAAUGGAGAGUCGGACUGUUUGGAUGAGAUGGCAAAUACAUCACAAGAUUUGCCCCUAAGGAUGAAGCUAGAACAGUUGAGAAAAUGGCAGCAGCAAAUGCAGGAGCAGCUAAAAGCCCAUCAGUUGGAGGAGCUGCUUCGCCUGCAGGAGGAGCAGCAGAGGCUGCUGGGGAUAAUGAACGGAUCCCCGGACUGCACAGAAGGGACCCCGUACAACCCCACUUUACAGUGCCGUAGAGCUCAACAGGGCGCCACCUGUGGACAGGAACCAGAGCUGUCAUCAGCAGGGAGACACAUGGAGCCACAAAGAGGUCAACACUAUGAAGAGGUGGACAGUGAGGAAGAGGGAUCAUGGAACUCCAGAGAAGAUGAUGAGGAACAGAGUGUGGAUUUAAGCCAAUUUCAUGAGCACGAUGACACCUUAAUACAGAGGAAAGGCGUUUUUGUGAAUGAAAAAACCUCAGUAAAAGAAGAUACAGCAUUUCAUGAAAGACCUAUACAGCCCGGUAUCGGGGGUCAGAAGAAGACGUUUGAGGAGUUGUUGGAGGAGCAGCUGAGGCUGGAGGAGCAGAGGCUGAAAUCUGCACAGCAACAGCAGGGUCGAGUAGGAUCUGAAGCUGCACAGGCCCCUCCCAAGAGAGCCUUUCUGAAGCGAGGCGAGGGGCUCUCGAGAUUUACCAACAAUCGCAAACCAAAAACAGCAGUGAAAAAUGACCCCAGACCACAACCACAGGCCAGAGUUCUCCCCCGCAGCAACUCUGAACCUACAGCUUUACAGAGAGGGGUCUCUAAUGGUGUGCAGCGGUUUCCUGUCCAGCGUAAAACUGCCACACUCAACAAGGAGAACCGACUGAAAGGUGUCAGCCCCCCACCUCAGGAUACCAAGUUUGAAAGUAAGACAGCCUGGACCAAGGUUUUGGGUAGUCAUCAAAGACAGAACACAGAUGCAGCACAAUCUAUUCAAAGUGACCCCGAGGGUAAAGGAACCAAACUACCUCAACUGGAGCAAGUAAAGGAGCAGAAUAACAAAAAAGAGGGUCUGUCAUAUCAAGCUUUGAGGAACGCUGGUCACAACAUGCUGCCGAACCCUGUAACCAAACAGGUGGGCACGAUGAGAGGGACAGAGAGAGCUGAAAGUGACGCAGACAGAGAGAAAAGUUGUGGUUCAAGAGUGGAAUCAGCAGGAGGAGAAGUUCCUCGGGAUUCGUUUGAGCUGUCGUUCCAGGAGAAGCUCCAGCGCUGGGAUUGUGACCUGCAGGUGGAGAACAUGGAGCUGGGAGAGUUUGAGCUACUGGAGCAAGCAGCCGAGGAGCUUUCCUUCUCGUCCAACUCCUCCUUUGUCCUGAAGGUCCUUCAGAUGGACCAGCUGCAGGCUGCCAGGAGUCUCCCCCCACGACGGCUCUCCUCCACCCCCAUCAAGUCCCCUCCCAAAGUAUCACCUCGGAGAUGCACUAGUGUUGGCAGCAGUGCUGGUGUGGUAGUCCGAAGCGGUACCGUGAACCCAGAAGUGUUUAUGAUGAAGAUCAGAGACAAUACACUCAUGAACAGAGUGAGCGUUGAGGAAAAGACGGAACUGGACGCUGGACGGGAAGACAACCACGAGAUCUCAGAUGUUUCAUCCUGUGGCGGCUCUGAGUUUGAGUACCAGGAAGUAGCAGGCAAACCUCCUGCAUUUCCCAGCACCCUUAGCUUCCCUGCACAGUCUAACCUGCCGUACGACAAGCAUUCAUAUCAGGACGAGGAGAGCUGCAGAGACUCAGCGUCUGAUGUGACACAGGUCGAUGAUGCUGAGAGUGACAGCUUCCUCAGCAAUGCGGACGAGUCCACUCUGUUAGAGGACAAAGACGGGCAGCAGGGUCGAGUCGUGUUUGACGACAAUGACACCUGGAACGACCUGGAGCACACCGCAGUCUGCUCAGCCAAUGACGGCAGACUAAGUCCAGUUACCAAGGCAACAGUGAAUACAGUUUCACCUCCAGAGCGGACUCUGCAGAGGAAGGUGGCAGUGAGUGAAGUUGUGGAGGUGGAUAAAGGUGCAGUUAUCAGGUCAGCCAAUCAGGAGCCUCCCCCUGCCUCCCAGCUCAUGACUCGGCUGUUCCCCUCGCUGAAGCCAAAGACCCAGAAUGCACCGCUCCCUCCUCCACCUCCUUCUGCUGCUUCCGAGUCGAAAAAGGCAGAGGAGGACACAGGCCAGCAGGUGCAGUCCAGACAGCUGAGGGAGAGACUGGUGGAGCUGGAGAUCGAGAUCGAGAGAUUUAAGAAGGAGAACUCUGCGCUGACCAAACUCAGACAAGAGAACGAGAAAGACCAGGAAAAUCUCAGGAAAGAGCGUCUGGAGUUUGAGAAGACCAAGGUGGAGGAGCUGGCCAAGUUUGAGGAGCACAAGAGAGAGGAGAACAGAAAGCUGCAGAAGGAGCGCAAACUUUUUGAGAAGCACGCGCUGGCUGCCAGAGCGAUCCCCGACAAGAAGGAACGAGAAGAAAUCCAGGUGUUGAGGCAGCAGCUGAUCUCCCUGCAGGAGGAGCUGAGGGGGAGGGAGAGCCGCUGGGCCUCCACACACGGCCGACUGCGACAGCAAAUCGACUCCCUGAACAAAGAUAACGACUCUCUCCGGGAUGAGGUGCGCAUGUUGGAAAAGCUCCGCUUCACCGCCUUGAAGAAAAGCCCGGUCAAUGCAGAGAAGGACAAGGGAUGUAACGACGGUCCUAAGAUGUUUGACAGCAACGUUUCAUCUGUGCCCAAAGGAGUGAAAUUCGCUAGUCCUCUCGACUCCAGAGGAAGCAGCAGCAUCAGUCCUCCACAGAGCAGUACGGCUGCAGCUCCUGGAAAGACCUGCAGAGAGAGCAGUCAGGCUGCUGCAGCGAUGAAGAGCAGCCUGAGAAAACCAUCAAUACCAGCAUCCUCUUCGUCAUCAUUCUCUUCGUCAUCAUUGCCCGGCCGGAGGAAAGAAGAGAGGCCAACGCCAGCUCCCUGCAAGAGCCAGGAGAAGCUGCGACAUCAAGAAAAAUCAAACACCUCUCCGGACACAGAAUUCCUGCCAGAAGAACCCGAGUCCAGUGAGAUGAAAGAGCCAGAAUCAGCUCGAGAGGUUAUCACACACCCUGAUGGGAAGAUUGAGAAAGUUCUGGCGAGUGGAGAUCGUCUCAUUUCUUUCCCCAACGGGACGAAGAAGGAGGUUUCAGCCGACGGGCUGACGGUCAAAGUUACCUUCUUCAACGGAGACACUAAACAGGUCACAGCCGACCAGAGAGUGAUCUACUACUACGCUGAAACACAGACUACACACGUCACCUACCCAGACGGUAUCGAGGUCCUGCACUUCCCCAACAACCAGACAGAAAAGCAUUUCCCGGAUGGCCGCAAAGAAAUCACCUUCCCAGAUCAGACAAUCAAAAACCUUUUCCCCAACGGUCGAGAGGAGAGCGUGCUGACAGACGGGACCAUCAUCCAAGUCAACCCCGACGGCACCAAGGAGAUCCACUUCAACACGGGCCAGAGGGAGAUCCACACGGCCGACUACAAGAGGAGAGAGUACCCUGACGGCACGGUGAAGACCGUCUACACAGACGGCAGGCAGGAGACCAGCUACCCGACCGGACGACUCAGGAUCAAAGACAAAGACGGGAACGUCAUCGUGGACAACAGGGUGUAGGCGCUAAAGAAUACUUGAACUGCUUCAACAUUUUCUCAGACCUGAAGGAUACUCACUUUGUUAACGGGAACUCAACAGAGCACCUCAAGUGUUUCAGUGAUGAAGAGCAUGAUCUCCUACCAGACUUCAUUCACAGUCCUGUUAACCUUAAUAUUUGAAUGAGAGCUUGUUUACAUUUUCAGUAAAGGCCUGAGAAUAACGAGACGCUGGACACAAACUGUUGCCUGUGCUUGCAGAUUCAAGCUGCUUCAUAACGCUGUUUUUAAGUGUUUGUUUACAUUCCUUUGACUCUGUAAAAAUGUGAAAUACAUAUUUAUUUUCUUA